AAGCUUGUUAUUUUGACAUCCUUAAAAUAUGUCAAUUUUUCACUUCCGCAUUUUCCGAUUUCCGCGUUUUAGAACUUCCCCUUCAUGUCAACUGAUGCUGAGGUCGGAGUAUGAGUGCUCACUAAUACAGCAUCCUCUUUGAAUGGUCAUCGCCAAAUACACAAAGUCAAAGAUAGACAAAAAUAAGAAGACACAGUUUACUACACCCAUAUUCUUAUGGAAAUGUACCAGAUUUCAUAAUGGUUAUCUUAAUAAAAUGGACAGGACAUGGAUCAAUAUUUACAACAUGUACAAUGUACAUCAUCUUGAUAGCCAUUAAAAUGAUGUCUAGGUUUUGACCUUUUCAAAGAUUAUCUUCUAUCGGAUAAACUAAAUUACAAGGAAUAAAGAAGACUUGACUAUGGCAUCUCUUUCUGUAGAGGAAGAAAACUAUGUUCGAAUAUGUCUGCUACUGACAGGAAUUUCUCCACGUGCUGUAAGAACCUGUUUUGAUUAUGAGUUUGCUCCUGCAUGUUUAAAUACCUCACUGAAGAAAGAGCUAAAAAAACUAACUGAAUUGAAAAGGCAACAUAGAAUCAACCAAUCACAGUGGAACCUCCUGUUUCCAAGAUUUCCUGAUGUAACAGAUUCCAAAACUUUUGAUGUGACUCUGAUGACAAUAUUACUGAGGAACUUAACGCCAAUGAAUCCUCCUUCUUGUGGAUUUGACCGUUUACCUAGUGCCAUGGAAACCACACCAGCUGCAGAUUUAGCAAGAAUCAAAUAUUACAGGAAUUACUUAGCUCAUCUAGAUGAUAGCAAAAUAGACAUUAGUUUCUUCAAAACAGCAUGGAAUGAUAUGUCUGGUGCCAUUGAAAGAUUAGGUGGGAAGCAAAUGAAGCAGGAGUGUGAUCAUAUGAAAACCAAACCUUUAGAUCAAACCAACCAAGAAAUAAUAACGUACAUUAAGUGUUCUAAUAAUGAAAUCUGGGAGCUAAAAGAAUCUUUUGAAAGGAUGAAGCGAUCACAUACAGAAAUGAUUCAAUCCCAUGAAUUACUUCAAGAAAACCAUGUAGCUGUGACAAAAGAAAUGGAAGAAAUAAAGAUCUCCCAGAUGGAUACAAUACCAUGGAAUAUAAGAGAUCAGUUAAAAAAACAAAUAGAAGACUGGAAAAAGAAAGAUAAGAUGUUUGUGUCUACAAGAGCCAGUGAUUACCUCAUUGAAUGUUUACAUGACAAUAGUUGUUUGACUUUAACUGGCCCAUUAGGAGUUGGGAAAUCAUUCAUUGCGAGACACACAGCACUAGUUUUACAGAAGGAAGGAUACAAAAUAAUCCCUGUGACAAAGCCAGAUGAUAUUGGAGAUUAUUAUCAACCUGAUAAACAGACAGUCUUCAUUAUUGAUGAUAUUUGUGGAAAUUUCACUGCCAACCAACAACAGAUUGAGAGCUGGAAACAACUAUUACCUACAAUUAACACAAUUAUUGCAAACAAAUGUUGUAAAAUUAUUGUAUCUUGUAGGUUACAAGUAUAUAAAGAUGAUAAGUUUAAUGUAUUAUUACCUUUUAAAUCCUGUGAAUGUAACUUAAUAUCAGAUAAGUUAUGUCUUACAUCUGUAGAAAAAAAUAUUAUAGCGAAAAACUAUAUGGGUACAAGUUUGGACGAUAUUGAUGAAUUAGCACAAAAAUAUGAAUUCUUUCCACUUUUAUGCUCUUUAUAUUAUGAGGGGGGAAAUGGAGAUAUUAAUGAAUUUUUCAAAAAUCCGUUUGAAGAAGUCUAUAAAAAUGAAUUAGACAAUUUAAGGAGGCAUGGUGAUGAAGGGAACUAUAAAAUAUGCGGUUUGGCCUUAUGUGUUCGCCUUAAUAAUCUGACAGAAAAAUGGUUCCAUGGUAAAGUGACAGAUGAACAAAGACCUAUCAUAGAAGAAACAUGCGAUGCUUAUGAAAUCAACAGAAGUACAUCAAAGGCAAAACUGAAAAAAGCACUUGACACCCUAGAUGGUACUUUUAUAUGUAAACGCAAUGGUAUUUAUAGUACUGUACAUGAUAAAUUGUUUGACUUCCUUUCUCAUUAUUUUGGCAGAAAAUGAUCGAAUGUUGACAGAUCAUGGUGAGUGUGAUUAAGUACAUGAUGGUUUUCUUUGGCAAACAUCACCAGAUGAAAAGAAAAGUAACAUAGACAUUACUAUUGAAAUACUAAAUGCUUAUUUUUAGUAUUCAUUAACUCUAAAAUGUACAUGUAUAUAAAUGUAAUGCAAAAACAAA